AAUGGCGGCCGAGCGGCUUUGGGCCCAAGUUUUGGCGGAUUGAAGGCCGGGGGGUCGGAGAUAGGGGACAGUUAACCCCGGGCCUGGGAUAGUCUCGUUCACCCCGGGCCUCGGACAGUCCAGUUAACCCAGGGUAGGAGCCGGCUCUGGGACAGUCCAGUUAACCCAGGACAGGGACCAGGUCUGGGACAGUCCAGCUAACCCAGGACAGGGACCAGGUCUGGGACAGUCCAGCUAACCCAGGACAGGACAGGGUCCAGGCCUGGGACAGUCCAGCUAACCCAGGACAGGACAGGGUCCAGACCUGGGACAGUCCAGCUAACCCAGGACAGGACAGGGUCCAGGCCUGGGACAGUCCAGCUAACCCAGGACAGGACAGGGUCCAGGCCUGGGACGGUCCAGCGAACCCAGGACAGGGUAGGAGCCAGGCCUGGGACAGUCCAAUUAACCCAGGACAGGAGCCAGGCCUGGCACAGUCCAGUUAACCUGAGACAGUCCAGUUAACCCAGGACAGGAGCCAGGCCUGGGACAGCCCAGUUAACCCGGGGGUAGGAGCGGAGACAGUCUGGUUAACUCGGGAUAGGGGAAACCGCCCGGUUAGCCUGGCGUUGGAAUUGCGCCUGCGAAAGCCCAGCUAAACCAGGAUCGAAGCAGGGAUUGGCAGAGCCCAGUUAAGCUGGGGCAUCAGAGCAGAACGGAUCACCCUGGGAUUGAGGCUGCACCGACUUCGGUCCUGUUUCCCCCAAACUCUGCGACCAGGGCCUCCCGGGACAGCGGUUUGACCGAGACGGGACAGGUUAAACCGGGACAGCAGUGCAGCUGCUUGGGAGCAGAGAAAAGGCGAUCCCCAAGGCUCUGCCGAGAGGCGUGAAACCAGGACAUCGGGCAUACGUGAGGGUCCCAGCAAGAUUCUGCACCUCAGACAGCAACAUCAAGAGAUUGCAAAACUGAAUAGUUGAACACGAGACAGGAGGGAAGACACCAACCAUCGACGAGAGAGGAUUAAGUCAAUGAGGUGCUGCAUGGGGACAUUUUGCUGUCUGAAUUGUGAGAAGCUAUUUUCAAACACGCAACUGACAAUCCGGAGAGGGUGACUGAAAGGUUUCCUUCUGAGAAGACUUUGCACAACAUUUGGGAGCGAAUUUAGACGGGAAAUCGGGUGGCUCAAUCGUGGAUGGAGCGGAGACCGAUCCAUUGACAGCAGGGAGUGAGAGAUUCGCUCUCUCUGAAAUUGCAGCCUUCUGAAAGGGCUAAACAUUCCCUUGUGGGGGAAAAAAAAAACACAACAAUUUUGGUUGAGAUAAGGAGAGCUCAGUCAUCUGGCCACGAGCACCACAGGGUGGGUAGCAAAGUUGCUGGAGGAAGAUUGGCUUUGCAAAGGGCGCGAGGAGGACUCGGACGCCCUCAGGAGACUUCAUCAGUGACAAUGGAGCCAGAGGCGGAACCGGAGUGUAGGAGCCGCAGGCUGCGUGCUGUUACACGACGCCGGUAUGAGGACGAUGGGAUCUCCGACGACGAGAUUGAAGGGAAGAGGACGUUUGACCUGGAAGAGAAGCUGGAGAGCAGCACGUAUAGUGCCAGCUUCGUCCGAUUUAUGGAGGGCAAAGAUUUCACCUUCCAGUAUGUCCAGCGAGACGGCUUGAGGUCGCCGCUCAUCUUCAAGAAGAAAGAUGGCCUCGGGAUCAAAAUGCCAGAGCCAGAUUUCAGUGUCAAUGAUGUGAAGAUGUUUGUGGGGAGCCGCAGGAUGGUGGACGUGAUGGAUGUCAACACCCAGAAGGGCAUCGAGAUGACGAUGGCGCAGUGGGUGAAAUACUACGAGACCCCCGCCGCCGAGAGGGAGAAGCUCUACAACGUCAUCAGCCUGGAGUUCAGCCACACCAAGCUGGAGAAUAUCGUGCAGCGUCCUGCCACGGUGGACCUGGUGGACUGGGUGGAUAAUAUUUGGCCCCGGCAUCUGAAGGAAAGGCAGACGGAGUCGACGAACGCUAUCGUUGAAAUGAAGUACCCCAAAGUCAGGAAGUACUGCUUAAUGAGCGUUCGAGGCUGCUACACAGACUUUCACAUCGACUUUGGAGGGACGUCCGUGUGGUACCACAUCCACCGAGGAGGCAAGAUCUUCUGGCUCAUUCCCCCCACGCCCUUGAACCUGGAGAUCUACGAGAGUUGGGUGCUGUCCGGGAAGCAAGGGGACAUCUUCCUGGGCGACAAGGUGGAGAAGUGCCAACGGAUUGAGCUGAAGCAGGGCUACACGUUCCUGAUUCCCUCAGGGUGGAUCCACGCCGUGUACACACCGGAGGACACGCUGGUGUUCGGAGGCAAUUUCCUCCACAGCUUCAACAUCCCGACGCAGCUCCGCAUUCACAACAUCGAGGACAGGACCAGGGUCCCCUCCAAGUUCCGCUACCCGUUCUACUACGAGAUGUGUUGGUAUGUCGUGGAGCGGUACGUCUUCUUCCUCACCAAGUGCUCGCACCUCACCAAACAGUUCCAGAGGGAGUCUCAGCUCAUCGAUGAAGGCACCGAGUCUGACGACACUGAGAAUGGUGAUGGUGUGAAGCUGGAGGAAGAGGAGGACGACAACGAGGAGACGGGCGAGCGGGAGAGGAGCCGCUUGCCCCUGCGCAAGGCGCACGGGGAGGUGGCGCCCGGAGACCGCAAUGGCCUCCUGCCGGACAGCCGGGACGCGGCCGGCCGCCCGCUGAAGCGGAGCCCCUCGUCCGAAUCGCUGGACAGCGGAGCGGGCGCCGUGGGGACGCAGGACUCGCCCCCCGACCGCUGGGUCUACCUGACCCAGUUUGAGCAGACGGGGCUUCAGGCCCUCGUGGACAAGCUGCAGUCGCUUCCCGACCACAAGAAGUGCGUCCCCUCUGGAGUACUGGAUCCAGACGCCCUCCUCCACGAAAUGCAGAAAGUCCUGGAAGAUCACAGGAACGACGACCCGAAGGUGGCUUGCUCCGGGUUCCCCAUCGUCAGGUGGCCCAAGAGACGUGACAAGCCCAAACCUCCGCACCGGCCCAAACACCGCCCGCCGGCGCCGCCCCUCAUCAAGCUGCCCUUGCUCAAGCCGACGCCGGGGUCCCGGAGGCGCAGGACCCGCUGCAAGAGGUGCGAAGCCUGCCGGCGCACGGAGUGCGGCAUCUGCCACUACUGCCGAGACAUGAAGAAGUUCGGAGGGCCUGGGAGGAUGAAGCAGUCCUGUGUCCUGAGGCAGUGCGAGGCUCCCAUCCUGCCGCACACGGCCCUCUGUAUGAUAUGCGAGGAGGUGGGCCAGAACGCCGAGGGGGAGAAUAACAGCGUUCGGGGGACGCUGAUGGAGUGCUCGGCCUGCAGUGAGAUCGUCCAUCCUGGCUGCCUGAAGAUGAACAUUUCCCUGGGGAUCAUCAGCAAGGAGCUUCCGAACUGCUGGGAGUGCCCGAAAUGUGUGAGGCAGGAUAGACGGAAACACGCCUUGGCGAAGAAGGGGCUGACUCUGAAGGACAGCAGUGAGGUUGCGAGGCAGCGGCAGAUAGCGGAGGCCAUGAGGAAGAGGGAAGAGCACAGCAGGAGGAUUCACGCGAUCGAGGCCGCCAAGCGCCGGCUGGAAGCUCUGCCCAAACGCAAGAAAUUCGACUACCUGUUGCUGCGGAAGAAAAGACUGGCAGCAGCCGAACAGAACGCGCGGAAAAAGAUCAAGUUCGAGAGGGAACAGAUUCUUCUGCGGACAAAACGGAAAGCUGAGGAUGGCCUCGAGUCCCCAGUCCGGGCCAAGAUCCUCCGGCCCCUGCGGAGCCGCGAGGACCUGGCUCUGGCUCUGGCUCCGUACCCGCGGCCCGGCUCCAGCAAGGAGGGCCUGAGGCCUGACCGCACCGAGCGAUUCCACCGGCGGCAGCUGCGGCGGUGCCCGGACCCGGGCCGUGCCAACCCCGCCUCCGGCAGCGGCGCCUCGCACCACCACCACCACCACCACCACCACCACCAUCGCCAGCUCUCCGAGAUCGAGAAGGCCAAGAUCAGGGGAUCGCUGCUGACGGUGAGACUCCACCGCUCCCCGGGGGACUUCAACGGUGCCACCGCCCACCACCGGUCCCCCGGCACCAGCCUCCGGCAGGCUCCCCGUGUGGUCAGCUGGCAGUCGGACUGUCAGUGCCAGCGGGACAACAACUCGCCCUCCUCCGACACCCCUCCUGAAGAUCACAUGAUGCAGCGUCACCUCUGGAUGUCCGUCUUUCGCUACCUAACACAAAAGGAACUGUGCGUCUGCAUGAGGGUCUGCAAAGCUUGGAGCAAAUGGUGUUGCGAUAAGAGAUUAUGGACAAAAAUCAACCUGAGCAGGUGUAAGUCCAUCACCCCUCUGGCCCUGGGCGGCAUCAGCAAGAGGCUGCCCGUCAGCCUGGACCUGAGCUGGAGCAACAUCUCCAGGAAGCAGCUUACUUGGCUCAUCAACAGGUUACCAGGUUUGAAAGAUCUCUUUCUAUCAGGUUGCUCCUGGUCAGCUAUCUCUGCUCUUAGUACCUCCAGCUGUCCACUGCUCCGCACCCUGGACCUUCGGUGGGCUGAGGGCUUAAGGGACACACAGAUGAGGGAUCUGCUCUGCACUCCAGAUAAACCAGGCCAACUGGACAAUCGCAGCAAGUUACGCAACGUGACGGAUUUCCGGUUAGCGGGCCUGGACAUCAGCGACGUCACCCUGCGGCUAAUCAUCCGCCACAUGCCCCUGCUCUCCCGCCUGGACCUCAGUCACUGCAGCCACCUGAGCGACCACUCCCUUAACCUUCUAACGGCCGUGGGAUCAUCAACACGCAACUCUCUCAGCGAGCUACAGCUAGAAGGCUGUAAUAAGUUGACUGACCAGUGCCUCAAUUACCUGAAGAGAAUCGGCAACAUCUCCUGCAUCAAUCUGCACAACUGUAAGCAAAUCUCGACAGGAGCGUGUGAACUGCUCCUCUCCGAACUCUCUGUAAAUGGCCUCUUCUGCCUGUCUGAAGAGAGGCAGAUUCGCAAGAUCAGCUGAGGACACGGAAGAGGAACCUCCCUCUUGCUCCCCCUUUCUCUUUCUCCCACCCUCCCUCCCCUCUCUCUCUCUUUCUUUCUUUUCCUCCACCACCCCACCUAUGGUUC